UUUUCUCUUUUUUUCUGAAACUUAGGUCUAAUAUGAAGCAUAAUAAUCACUAGCAAAGACACCAAUAUUUUUAAACCCUUUCCUAAAAUUAGUUGAUUUUUGUGAUUCAAAAAUACCUGGAUUGGUUACUCAAUACAGUUAGGGUAAUGGAAGCUGAAACUGCAGAAAAAUCUUAACCAUCAAAUCCAUCAGUUGAAUCACCCAUGUGAGGAUUGAUGAGAGGUAGAGGUGGAGAGAGUUCUGUGUUGCAACUGGGAACACUAAGGGGAGGUUACUUUGGAGGUAGUACUAACUGUGAUUGAGGAUGCUGAGACGAAACAAAUUGAUGAUAUUUGGUUGCAAAGGCUUAAAGAUGUUGCUUAUGAAGCUGAAGACGUACUUGAUGAUUUUUCAUAUGAAGUCAUGCGAAGGCAGCAUGAGGCAGUAUGCAAAAGAGACAAGGUAUGUGACUUUGUCUCAAAAUCCUCCAACCCAAUUUUGUUUGGCUGGAGAAUGGGUUUUAAAAUCAGAAAGAUCAAUCGGAAGUUAGGUAAAAUUGUUAUUGAUGCUGAUAUUAAGUCCAAAUUGUUACCAAACAAUACUAGUAGUACUAGUGGUCAUAAACAAAGUAGUGUUCAGCUAGAACGAGAAACCACUUCUUAUGUCAAUGAUACAGAAAUUGUUGGAAGGAAAAAUGAAAAAUCAAAGAUGAUAGAUUUGUUGGUCAAUUCGUCAUCCCUGAUAGAUGAAAACCUUUCAACUAUAUCCAUAGUGGGAAUGGGGGGACUUGGGAAGACGGCAUUGGCUCAACAAGUUUACAAUGAUGACUUGGUCAAGAGACAUUUUGAACCAAGAAUAUGGGUAUGUGUCUCCAAGGAUGAAUCUUAUUUUAGUGUUCAUAAAACUUUAAGUGAUAUCCUUGAGUUCAUCACUAAAACCAAGUGUCGUGAUGUACCAAAUGUCGAAGAGUUGGUACGUCGAGUUCGUGAAAAUUUGACUGACAAGAAGUAUUUAUUAGUUCUUGAUGAUUUGUGGAAUGUGAAUGUCCAUGAAUGGUUGAGACUUAAAGAUUUUUUGGUAGUUGGUGCUCAAGGAAGCAAAAUCUUAGUCACAACACGACUAAGUAAAACUGGGUCAACUGUUCGGGGAGCAAUUUCUCCUUAUGGCUUACGGCACUUAUCAACAGCUGAUUGUUGGUCUAUCAUCAGGCAAAGAGCAUUUGCUUGUGGUGGUGCACUUGAGUCUGACCCAAAUAUGAUAAAAAUAGGAGAAGAGAUAGCUAAAAAAUGUUGCGGUUUGCCACUUGUGGCAAAAACUUUGGGGAGUCUUAUGUGGUUAAAAAAUAAGGAAAAAGAGUGGGUGUCUAUCAUGGAAAAUGAGAUUUUUGUCAAUUUAUCAGAAGAUGAAAACAAUGUUAUUCCUGUGUUAAAGCUGAGUUACAAUAAUUUGUCGUCAAACUUAAAACAAUGUUUUUCAUUUUGCUCCAUAUUUCCAAAAGGUUAUGUAUUUGAAAGAGAAACUUUGGUUCAAUUGUGGAUGGCGGAAGGAUUCCUUCAACCAUCUGAUGACGAAGAAAAUAAAAUAUCAAUGGAAGAUGUUGGGGAUGACUACUUCAGCAACCUGUUGUCGAGCUCAUUUUUUCAAGAUGUGAAGAACGAUGAGUGUGGAAACAUUGUUUCGUGCAAGAUGCACGAUCUUAUACAUGAUCUUGCGCUAAGUGUAUCGAACUGUGAAUGCUUGCUCUUGAAAGCCAGUAAAAUGAAAGAUGUUCCUAGUGUUCGUCAUUUAGGUUUGGUUUUGGAUGAUGAUGGAUUAACAGCGUCUCAAAAUUUGUUGCGCAAGUCUAAAAGGUUGUGUACUCUUCUUACAUUUCUAAGAGGCCGUAGUGAAGAUAUUGAGGGUGUCUUCAGCGAGUGUAAACACUUGCGUGUACUAGAUGUCAGUGGUUCAUUCAUGGGUGACAGUUUACCGGUUUCUGUGGGGAGAUUGAGAAAUUUAAGGUAUCUUAAUCUUUCAUUUCCGAAAAAUUAUCAAAGUCAUGAAACACUGAAUGAAAGGUCCGUAAGUGUGCUUUAUAGUUUGCAGACACUAGUAUUAAGUGAAUGGGCUUCUCUUCGAGAGCUUCCAAGCAACAUUGGAUUUUUGAAGCACUUGAGGCACCUUUAUCUAGAACGUUCUAAAAUUAAAGCACUGCCAGAUUCUAUCACUAGCUUACAUAAGUUGCAGACAUUAAAUCUUUUUGGGUGUACUUAUUUUCGAAGGUUACCUGUAAACAUUGGUAUCAUGAAAGAUCUAAGGCAUCUUAAUUUAUACAGCACUGGCAUCAGGGAAUUACCUAGGUCAAUUACUUCUUGCUCCAAUUUGGAAAAGUUACAGCUUGGUGAAAGCUACCUUGAAGAGCUACCUGAUAAUUUAGGUGACUUACAAAAUCUAGUGUUACUUGAUGUUUCGUCUACACCAAUUAAAGAAGUACCUGAAUCUAUAAUUCUUCUAAGGAAUUUGACGUCGUUAAACUUCAACAAUUGUGGAAAUCUUCACAAAUUUCCCAAAGAUAUUGGUGCUGCUAUGAGACAUGUAAGGAUUCUGGACAUUGGUACCACACAGAUAAGAACACUACCAGAUUUGUACGAACUCUCCAGUUUAGAGUACGUGGACUUGGGGAAAGCUAUGCUUCCGAGAGAUGUAAGAAAUUGGAACAAGUUGGAACAUCUCAAAUAUGAUGGUCAUAGGAAAAUAUCAUCAAAAGGUCUAGGACAGCUGACGAAGUUGAAAACCUUGCAUGAAUACAUUGUAGGCGAGGGAACCACAGUUGGAGAAUUAAGAGACCUGAGACUCCUCAGAGAGACCUUAGAGAUUUAUAAUCUUGAGAAUGUGAGAGGUGGAACAGAAGAAGCCCGUGGAGCGAAUUUAAAUCAAAAGCAAAAUAUCUCAAGUUUGGAAUUAUACUGGAGUACUGGUAAUUUUGUUGGAAAUGAUCUUGAUAAUGCUGAUGAACUUGUGCUGGAAGGGCUGCAACCCCACUCUAAUUUGAAAAGUUUGACGAUUGGUGGUUUUAGAGGUGUUAAACUCCCAUCAUGGAUGAAGAUGAAUACAAUUUUGUUGUCUUUGCCAAACCUGACGGAGAUUGAACUGCGAAACUGCAGCAGAUGUGAGCAAAUAGUGGGUCUGGGGCAGCUUCCAAAGUUGUGGAAGUUGCUUUUGUGUAAUAUGCCUGAGUUACAAGGAUGGGAGGAGUCAUCAUUAUCAUCAUCUUUCCCUUGCCUGAAGAAGUUAUCGAUUGAAAUUUGUCCGAAAUUGGUGACGGUGCCCGAUGUUGCACUGAAGCAUGACUUGGCUCACCUUCAAAUAAAUGGAAUUUCAGAACUCGAGUUUCUGCCACUACAGAACCUGCAACCUGAACUCAAGUAUCUAAAGAUAUGGGGGUGUCCUAAAUUUCAAGGUUUUCACUCAAAUGAAGAGGAGAGCAACCUCAAUAAUAUCUCUGUUGCGACCAACAGCUCAUUAGAAGACUCGAUCUAUCUUGAAGAAUUUCAAAUUCAAUGUCCACAAGAACGGAAUUCUUUGUCAGUGGAUCUGCAGUGCAUUAGGGACCUUCAGGAUUUCAAGAUUGGCUGGUUCUCUGAGGAACCUGGUUCGUUUCCAUUUUCAAUUGAACAAUUCUCCUCCUUUGCAUCUCUACAGAGGUUAGAGGUAGACGGGUGCUCUAAACUCAAGGUUCUACCUGAGCAGCUUCAGCACCUUACCAGGCUCAAGGAGUUCACCAUAUCUAACAUGGGUCUUGACAUGGUGGUUUUGCCCGAGUGGAUUGGGGACCUUUCAAGACUUGUAAGGCUGGAGACUAGGAAUUGUGAAAAUUUGGUGCAUAUGCCUUCUAAGGAGACAAUGCUAAGACUCAAAUUCCUGAAGUUCUUAUUUAUCGAAGCUUGUCCAUUGUUAGAGCAGAGUUGCAACUACCAGGCUGGGGAAGACUGGGACAAGAUUUCUCAUAUUAAAUAUAUCAGGAUCAUGCAACCAACUCCCAACUUGGAACGGGCAAGCCAAUAUAAUGCGCGAGGUUGAGCUUGGUGUAAAUACAAAAGUCCAGCUGUUCAAGAAGUUUGGUUAUCUUGUGCUGAUAUCAUUUUGGUGGAAAUCCGGUCCGUCAGAAACAAAUCCCUGCAUGAGGAAUGAUACCUGGUUGUGAUUCAUCUCAGUAUGACUUGCACAUCUUAAAAUUCUUCAACAUUCCUUGUAGAAGAGUUAAAUGUAUUAGAGUUGUUGGAUGUUAUUCUUCCUCGCCAGAUCAUGUUAUUCUUCUUUGAAGAGAUGGUACUUUUAGAGGCAACCUUGGCUUUUCAGGUUACGGAUAGCUGAAGCUGGCGGUCUUGGUGUUGCUAACAGCUAUAUUGCACAAAUAAUGGGAAGCAAAGCAAUGGAGGGCGGAAGCAUAGCCAAGCUUCCCCUGGAUGGAGCCACCCCAAAGGCCCAAAAACACUUCUUCUAUUUUAACCUAACUCAUGUUGGGCCACAAAACAUUAUGGUGAAGCCCGGAGAGAAGAUAUGGUCAAGCCCAGCACAAGGAAGGUUUCUGGUUUCACCAGGG